CUUUCCCUCUCGUCUCUACUUGCUAGAUUUUGCAGUCGCCUGCAAAUGCAAUCGAAUUCGAAGAAGUAAUAACUCAGAGAGCUUGAAUUCCAUUUCUUCAAGCAUUUAUAGAGAAAGAGAAAUAUGGUUUCAAUUCAUCUUCCAAGAUUUCACCUUUCAAUCCUCACAAAACCACCUCCAUAUCUCAAUCUCCUUCCCAGAACGAAGCUACCCAUUACAUUCAAUCCUCUGGGGAGGCUCUUUUCUGUACCGAAAUCCACUCUUUCUACUUCAGAGCCGAUACCCAUUACUGACUUCUCAGUUCCUGAAGAGCCAAGGCUCGAGAUUUCGUUGGAGAAGCUGUUUGUACCACCGGAUACGGUUGUUUCCUGCGAUGAUGCUAGUCUCAGUACGAGGAUCUUAAAGGGGUCAAAUAUAGUAUUGAGCAAGUACGCCAGGGACGCGCAGGUGGUGCAGGCUGAGUUUGUGAAGAGUAGUGUGAGGACUGAGGAUUGCCCGUCUGAUGGGUUGCCUGAGUUUGCGCUUGUGGGUCGCUCCAACGUGGGGAAAUCUUCGCUCCUUAAUUCGCUUGUGAGGAGGAAGCGUCUCGCUCUUACGUCCAAGAAACCUGGUAAGACUCAGUGCAUCAACCAUUUCCGCAUCAAUGACAGUUGGUACUUAGUGGAUUUGCCAGGAUAUGGGUAUGCAGCUGCCCCUCACGAACUGCGAACAGACUGGGACAAGUUUACCAAAAACUACUUCCUAAACCGAUCAACACUAGUCUCAGUCUUCUUGCUUAUUGAUGCCAGCAUUCCUGCAAAGAAAAUUGACCUUGAAUAUGCUAGUUGGCUUGCUCAGAAUCAGAUUCCAAUGACGUUGAUCUUUACCAAAUGUGACAAGCGGAAGAAGAAAAGGACUGGAGGGAAAAGGCCUGAAGAAAAUGUCAGUGACUUUCAGGAGUUAAUCCGUGGCUUCUUUGAGACAGUUCCUCCGUGGAUUAUGACUAGCAGUGUUACCAAUCAAGGUCGUGAUGAGAUAUUACUGCACAUAGCUCAAUUGCGGAACUACUGGCUCAAACACUGAGGAAAAUCCAAAUAAUAGAGCUUUUGUGGAUGACAAGGAUUGGUUGUCGUGCUUGAUUGAAACUGUUGGUCCAUAAACAAAGGCUAAGAAAGCUGUUACAAAAGAAAAUAGAAAAGAGAGAGAAAUCCAGGUGCUUGAGAGGUGAUCUCACCAUAUUUUCCGGCUAUCAAUGGUGAGUGAAAGUUUAAGGAACUCUCAGUUUCUGCUUUGGUAUAAAAUGAAGGCAGUCCCUUUGCAGUGGGUUCACCUUGAUUUUGUUUUUGAAUUUGAAACUUAAGCUGCUGUUGUAGACUAAUCAAGUUAAAAAACGAAU